CUAUCCGAAGAACCACGGCUGCCCGAAUCCAACUUUUGGUUCCCUUAGGCAUGGUUGCGUCGCCUACGCCCACCUUCAUAAGCUAAGGCCGAGAUCCCUCGGCGACUAGUCGGAUCAUCUUUAUAAGCCAUGCCUACCGCGAAACGGUUGAAGAGCGGCUCACAGUCGAAAUCGCGCGAGACGCAACCAAGACCGACUAUCGCCGACCUGGAGGGCGAGAGCGAAUUCGCCCAGCUUGCAAGGAAGCACUGGCUCAAGCCUACUCGCCGAACUGCUAGGGUUAAAGUCAAGAACGAGGUGCUGAAGCGCGAUAUCUGGGAUGUGCUCGAGAAGGAUGGCUUCCCCUACAAGCUACUGCUUGUUCUCGAAGGACUGCAGACCCUCGAAAGCUAUCUUUGGCCCGGCUACUCCGAAGACUCGUCGAAUUUCCAUGUCCUCCUGAUCGUCCUCAUCACGAAUGUCAAGGCUAGGGAGAAGCUCGAGACCUGGGGCAUCUUUGAGAACCGACCCGCCGAGUUCUCGAGUCUGUUCACGCGCAUCCUAUCGAUGAGCCUCGACCAGACUCUAUCCCAAACCGUACGGACACAUCUGCUAUGUUUUAUCAUAUAUGCGUUUCAGAGCCUCGACUGGGCCAGCGUAAGGAAGGAGUGCGCCCCGUUGGUGUCCAUAGGCAUCUGGCACAACCUAUCGACCGAGUCGAAGCGAGACGGGAAGCUGGCCCAGGCGCUGCAGCUCAGGAAAACUUGGAAGGCAGCAGGCAAGAGGUAUGACUCGGCCGAUGAUGAGACCAAGGCACGAUUACGCUUCGAGAGGGCCUGGCUCUACACCUUAGUUCUAGACUUCCUACGGCUGCUCUACGCCGAGAAAAGGGAAGAUGAGCAUGUGCUCUACUGCGAACGAUUUGUCGAAUUCAUCUCCGACCUGUUAAGUCAACUUCCCACUAGGCGAUAUGUCAACACUCUGCUUCAAGAUCUGCAUGUCCUGCCUGCUCUGCGACUCUCGCCCAUGUUUAAUGACGAAGCAAACGGUCUGCUCCGCGAUCAAUGCUCGUUGUUGAGCCACUACGCUCAUUUCGCUAUCGACGAUCAGACGGGUGUCCAGCAUAGCCCCACUGAGGCAUAUGACCGGCACUGUGCUGACCUCGCAAAACUCCAACGGGUGUCUCUUCAGCACUUCAAGGACAAGCUGACGGUGCUCGCCUUAUCCAAUUACGGGUCUAUAGACCAAAGAAACGAAUUAGAAAAUCUCCUCGAGACCCUGACUGAUGAGGAGAUCCGACGACUUGCGACUUUGCUUGAGCUUAGGGUAGAAUACCCGGAAUCGGCCAAGGUCUCCAUCGAUCGACCCUUCUUAAUGGAGGUUCUCCUAUCGACUUACGAGAAGCGCAAGACAUUCCAGGAGAUUGCGCGGGAUAUGAGCAUCGUUCCGACCGAGGAUAGCCUCUUCGAUCAAGGCCUAUUGAGAACGGAUAACUACGAUGGCUCAAAGCCACUCGCGCUUCCUAAGCUCAAAUUACAAUACUUGUCGGUUGGGGACUUCCUCUGGAGGGCUCUGGUUCUCUACCGGUGUGAAGCAUUCUACGGCAUUAGAAAGGAUAUCACCGAUACAUUGAAGCGACUACGGCCGGAAUCAAAGCGGCCCGGUGAGACGGCAUUUGCUGGCAUUUCGAAAAUGGCACUGUCCAUAUCUCGCCCAUCUAUUCUAGAGGUUGUGCCGGCUCUUGUUGGCGACGACAAGCCGUCCGCCGUGAACGCCGAGAUUUCGCUCGACGUGCGUAGACUUACCGACAACAUUCGAAGGGAAUGGGAUUCGCUGCGUCCCGACGACGUCGUGUUUCUUGUCGCGGUAGACGCCUCUCUGCCAAAUGCCGUUUCUAAUGGUGGCGUUCACGCGAUAUCUGAGGCCCAGAAGCUAGGGCUCGUCUCCGUCCGAACAGCCGAGAUCGCUCAGACCCUAGAUGACAAGGGCAAAAUAAUUAGGGAUCCAGCUGCUUACUUCAGUGGUCAAAACCGGUCGCCAACAAGGAAAUUACAGCUUAGGUUAGACCCGAGGACUUACAAGGAAGACAUGGAUCGCGCUUCCAGGGGCAAGCCGGACGUCUAUGAACGCAUCAAUCUCGUCAUCCGACGGAGUGGCAGGGAGAACAACUUCAAGCCGGUGCUCGAGUCCAUUCGUAGCUUGUGUCUGUCGGAAGUUCCCCUGGCAUCUUGGCUGCACGAGAAUUUCCUAGGGUACGGGGACCCUGCCGGAGCGACCUACAAGCAUCUGCCAAAUCGCAUUAGAAGGCUCGAUUUCAGGGACACAUUCCUCGACUGGCAUCAUCUCGUCGAGAGUCUGCCUGGGAAAAUGGUUGAACCCGAGGCCGAUGUGUCUUCGAGCUUCGAGCCCCCUUACGUUCUCGAGACGGUAGAUAAGCCUCCGGAGAAGCAGGUAGCCAAGCCUUCUAAAAAGCGAAGAAGAGGUGCCGAGCCUGCCCUAAACGCUGAGAUUGAGACGUAUAGAGUCUCGACAUACAAGCCACCCAGUACUGGGCCCUACCCCAUCGACGCGCCGAAGCUGAAUAGUGUCCGCUUCACGCCGGCCCAAAUCGAUGCCAUAAUAUCCGGCACUCAGCCCGGACUCACCGUCAUCGUGGGCCCGCCGGGUACGGGCAAGACAGACGUCGCAACCCAAGUCAUCAACAACAUCUACCACAACUUUCCCGAGCAGCGAACGCUGCUAAUUGCGCAUUCUAACCAGGCCUUGAAUCAACUUUUUGCGAAAAUAGUGGCAUUAGACAUAGACGAGCGGCAUCUUCUCCGGCUCGGCCACGGAGAAGAAGAUCUCGACACGGACGGGAACUUCAGCAAACACGGGCGAGUCGGGUCUUUUCUCGAGAUCCGAGAUCGGUAUCUGCAGGAAGUUAACCGGCUGGCGGCCAGUUUGGGGGCCCCCGGCGCUCACGGGAACUCGGCAGAGACGGCAGGGUACUUCAAUUCCGUCUACAUCCAGCCAGCCUGGGCCAAGUUCACCGAAGUGGCCAGGGCAGAUGGUGCUUCGGCAGCGGAUAUCGUCCAGGCAUUUCCAUUCCAUAUAUACUUCUCUGAUGCGCCCCAGCCUCUGUUCCCACCCGAGGGCGACCGAGAAACGGUCUUGGACGUGGCCAACGGUUGUUACCGUCAUAUAUCAAAAAUAUUCUCUGAGCUAGAGGAUGUUCUGCCAUUCGAGAUACUACGGAGGGAUCGGGACAAAGCCAACUAUCUUCUAACGAAUGAAGCUCGCAUCAUUGCUAUGACGUCGACCCAUGCCGCGAUGCGCCGUACCGAGAUCGCUUCCCUCGGCUUUCACUAUGACAAUGUCGUCAUGGAAGAGGCUGCGCAGAUCACCGAGGUCGAGAGCUUCAUUCCUCUAGCCAUGCAAAAGCCCAAGAAUGGGCAAAUGGCGCUACAGAGGGUCGUCUUAUGCGGCGAUCACUACCAAAACUCCCCCGUGAUUCAAAGUCUCGCCUUUAGGCACUAUGCCAACCUCGAGCAGUCUCUAUUCUCUCGCUUCGUCCGUCUGGGUAUACCGGUGAUCACGCUCGACCAGCAAGGCCGCGCUCGCCCGUCCAUUGCGGCGUUAUACCAGUGGAGGUACCCAAACCUCGGAAACUUGCUGCACGUCGAAAGCCAGAAGGAGUUCCAGAGCGCCAACGCCGGAUUCAAGUACGAAUAUCAGUUCAUCAACGUGCCGGACUACGAGGGCCGUGGCGAAGCCGAACCAACGCCGCAUUUCAUCCACAACGUGGGCGAGGCCGAAUACGCAGUUGCCAUAUACCAGUAUAUGCGGCUCCUGGGGUACCCGGCGUCGAAAAUCAGCAUCCUUGCCACUUACGCCGGCCAGAGAACCCUGAUCAAAGAAGUCUUGGCUCACCGAUGUGGGAGGAACGCCAUCUUCGGGUUGCCUAAGAUCGUGACAACGGUGGAUAAAUACCAAGGGGAACAAAACGACUAUAUCAUACUCUCGCUCACGCGCACAUCGCGAGUGGGCUACCUCCGAGACAUACGCCGACUCACGGUGGCGCUCUCCCGCGCGCGGCUGGGCCUGUACAUCCUCGGGCGACGAGAAGUGUUCGAGGCGUGCUACGAGCUCCGGCCAGCAUUCGAGCUGCUCCUGCAGCGGCCGGACAAGCUCGUGCUCGCGACGGGCGAGAUGUGGCCGUCGGAGCGGGCGCAAGCGGGGGAAGAGGGCACGGCGGUGCCGGGCGAGGCGGUGAUGGAGGGCGUCGAGCACCUCGGGCAAUUCGUCUACGAGAUGACGGCGACGAGAAUCAAGCAGCAGCAGGCGGAGCGCGGGCAGUCGGAGGGGAAGGGACCCGGCGUCGGGGACUACGAGCAAGAUGCCCUGCUGCUGGAGCCGGUUGCGGAGAAAGUAUGGGAUAAGGGGGACGAUGACGACGAUGAUGAUGAUGAGGCGGACGAAGGUGUCGGCUACACCGCCCAGAGCGGCGAGAUAGCCCCCGACACAGAUGCCAGCGACGAGUCUGCCGCGGACGAUAUCGAGAUCGGGGGCGCUGCAGAGGCACAGCAGUAGGGAGAUAGCCUCAAGGCGGACGGGCGGAUGUACCUACGGCGUCACCGACCGACGA